UGUUUUUAAUAACCAUAACCAAAAAUUCCAAAUUGUCAUUGUUAUGAUUGAUUUAAAAUAUUUACUUAUUAUUGUUAAUGUUAACUAGUUUAGUUUGAAAAGUAAUGAUGAAUAAUUUUCUAAAGAAAACGCUGGUGACUGGACGUGCGUUGUCAUAUAGAUUAUUAAAUAGCUACCAAAGUAUCAAAGCUACAGAUAAUAACUAUCGUAAACUUAGUUAUUACAACCGUUCAUCAAAUCUACUGAUUAAAAAAAAUAAAUAUAUAGAUGUUGAUAAAAGGUGGAUGUUUAUACAAACUCAAGACACGCCGAAUCCCAACAGCUUGAAAUUUAUCCCAGGUGUUGAUAUUUUGGGAGCUGGACAAACUAAAGAUUUUCCUAAUGCUGCAGAGAGCUACUGUUCUCCGUUAGCGAAAAUGCUGUUUCGUAUAAAUGGAGUAAAGUCCGUUUUUUAUGGCCCUGAUUUUAUUACUGUCACUAAAAUAGACGAAGACGUUGACUGGAAUGUUUUAAAGCCCGAAAUUUUUGCUACCAUCAUGGAUUUUUUUACUGCAGGUCUUCCGAUACUUACAGAAGAACAACCUUCUUCCGAUACACAAAUAAAUCAAGAUGAUAGUGAAAUUGUACAGAUGAUAAAAGAACUUCUUGACACAAGAAUCCGACCAACAGUUCAAGAAGAUGGUGGUGAUAUUGUUUUUGUGGGUUUUGAGAAUGGAAUCGUUAAAUUAAAAAUGCAGGGAUCAUGUACAAGUUGUCCUAGCUCAGUUGUUACUUUGAAAAAUGGUGUACAGAAUAUGAUGCAAUUUUAUAUCCCAGAAGUUCUUGGCGUUGAACAAAUAGAAGAUGAAGCGGAAAAAGUAGCAAAAGCGGAAUUUGAAAAAUUAGAAUCUAAGAUAAAUAAUAAAAAAACUGACAAAUAAAUAAUUAAAACAACUCAUACUCUAAAAUUUAAAAAACUUAACGUAAAAAUUAUUAAAUUAUAAAUAAAUUGUAAUAUAUAAAAAGCUCGUUAAUUAUUUACACUCACAUGAAUUUUUGUUUUUUUUUAUUUUAUUUUUUUCUUUAAUUUUAAUAUGUUUUUAAGCCAUUUACAAAAAAAGCUUAACGGCUAGUAACAGAGACUUGCCAUACACGGAUUGUAUUAUCUGAGUAACCAGCAAAUAAAGUUUGACCGUCAGUAGACCAGGCGAGGGAAAGACACUGGGGCUCAAUUUUACUGUUUGAUGACACAACUUCAGCUUUAAGCUCUUCGACCAUUUCUUUGCUUUCAAGAU